GUACGCGCGAAAGCAGAGCGGUGAUUGGACGUGACGCGUCCGAGUCUGUCCUCGAGUUACUAUGCAAUUGUUUAUUUCGUUGAAAAACGUGUAAUUAUGAAUUGAACGAGCAUCGGUAUCGUGAAAACUCGUACGUUGCACUUUUGUACGUUGCAGUUGUUGCGUACGAGAUUCGUUUUGUUUCAACGGAUUUGGUUUUGGAACGUUCGCGCCUCGUCUGUCUGUCGUUCGUAAUUAUGCAUGGUAAAUUGUCGACGAGAAGUGAAACCGUUUACCUGUAACAUGUCAGAAAGUAGGCUUGAUAUGGAUAUUGAUAAUCAAAGCGAGGACGGUGAAAUAAAGAAAAGCCCUUCGAAAGACAUGGACGACUUCAGCUUUUCAGAGGAGGAUGGGGGAGAUACAGCAGACUCUUUGGACAUAAAACCGCCGCAGGCUGUUGUUCGCCAUCACAAAUCUAAUUCUUCACGAAGGAGGGACAAACACAGCGAUAGAAGAGAUCGUAGGGAAGAGAAGGAGAGAAAGUCUAGGCAUCAUGAUCGCGGGGAAGAUAGACACAGAGAUAAGCAUAGACAUCGUAGACACGGUGUGGAUAUUUUGGAAAGAUCAGAACGUUCAGAUGGUUCCAAAAGGGACAGGGAAAGACUUGAAAGGUUAGAAAGAAUGGAGAGUCACAGAGACAGAGAGUCUAGACACGACAGGAAAGAGAGAAGUACAGGGGAUCGUGUUUUGGAAGAUCUGAGGGAAAGAUUGUUAGAUAAAAGAAGAGAGAGGCGAGAGGACUCUCGCGAUAUUCGUGAUUAUAAAAUGGAAACUCGCCGCGAGAUCCGUUUGGAGGACACGCGAGAGUUACGUGAGUCGCGCGAGCGUCGAGAAAUACGGUUGGAGGAUAUGCGAGAACGUCGCGAGACUCGUGCUAUCGACGACAUCAGAGAACGUCGUGAAAUUCGAAUGGAAGAGCACAGACAUAUGAGGGUAAUGGAGGAGCAGUACUCCGAAACGGAGUUAAUGGAACGACCCGAGAGAAGUGAGAAACGUCACAAGAGAUCGCACAAGCACGAUCGGCUUCGCGAGAGAGACCGGGAGAAAGUGGAGCGCGAGAAAGAGCACAGAGAAAAGCAGUUGCGCGAGGCAAUGGAAAUCGUCACGGAUGAGCCGGAUGAUAUGGAGAUCAACGAAAUACCGAUACAACCGAAGGAUCCGAAAGAAAUGACCGAACAGGAACUUAGGAAAGAAAGGUUGCUGGAAGCUGACAGAGAGAUGGCUAGAAGGAAAGAAGUUUCUCGGUUAGAGUUGGAAGCGCGACGAAUGAAAAGAGGUGAGAAACGACCUUUGAGUCCGGAUAAUGAUCAAGAUCCGUCUAUCGUAGAGUUAUCCGACGAGAGCCCGAGUCCCGCUCAUUCGGACGAAGUUCGUUCUAAAUCUAUCGAAUCUAGACACUCGUCUGAUGGAGAAAGAAGUAUACGCGAGAGAUCCUCUGAUCGACACUCUUCCGAUUCGUCCGAAUCCAGCAGCGAUGACGACGACGAAUCAAACGAUUCAAAUAAAGGUUCCAAUGCUGAUUCCAACGACGGUUCUGAUUACAAUAAUCCAAGUCCCUUAUCUGUUGACCGGUUGGCGAAAUCUGAUCAUUCCGAUGGAGAGUCGCCUGGACACGUGGAUUCGAACAGCGCGUCGAAGAACGUGGAGGAAGAAGAAGAGAAAAAGGAGGAGGAAGAACCUGAAUUACCUCCGUACUUGCCAGCAAUUCAAGGUUGCAGAAGCGUAGAAGAAUUUCAAUGUUUGAAUCGUAUCGAGGAAGGUACAUAUGGCGUAGUGUACAGGGCACGUGAUAAACGUACGGACGAAAUUGUUGCUCUGAAACGACUGAAAAUGGAGAAAGAAAAAGAAGGCUUCCCGAUAACCAGCCUCAGAGAAAUAAAUACUCUGCUGAAAGCUCAGCAUCCGAAUAUUGUUACUGUCCGAGAAAUAGUUGUUGGCAGUAACAUGGAUAAGAUAUUUAUUGUAAUGGAUUACGUGGAACAUGACUUGAAAUCAUUAAUGGAAACGAUGAAGCAGAAGAAACAGGUUUUCAUACCAGGAGAAGUCAAGUGUCUUAUGCAACAAUUGUUAAGAGCAGUAGCACAUUUGCAUGACAAUUGGAUUCUUCAUCGAGAUUUGAAAACGUCGAACUUAUUGCUAAGUCAUCGUGGUAUUUUGAAGGUUGGUGAUUUUGGUUUAGCGCGAGAAUAUGGUUCUCCUUUGAGACAAUAUACUCCGAUUGUUGUAACGCUUUGGUACAGAGCUCCUGAAUUGCUAUUGAGUGGGAAAGAAUAUAGCACUCCCAUCGAUAUGUGGUCGGUCGGAUGCAUUUUUGCAGAGUUAUUAAGGAUGGAGGCAUUAUUUCCAGGUAAAUCUGAGAUUGAUCAAUUAAAUAGGAUAUUCAAAGAAUUAGGUACGCCAAACGAUCGGAUAUGGCCAGGGUAUAGCAAACUGCCGAUGGUGCAGAAAAUUCCAUUUGCUCAUUAUCCCGUAAACAAUUUGAGACAACGUUUCAGCUUAUCCUUGUCAGAUUUAGGCAUCGAAAUGUUAAACAAAUUUCUCACGUACGAUCCUCAACAACGAAUCUCGGCGGAAGAUGCUUUAAAACAUGGUUAUUUCACAGAGGCACCGUUACCGAUAGAUCCACAAAUGUUCCCUACGUGGCCAGCCAAGUCGGAGCUUGGCGUACGAACAGCGAAUGCUUCGCCAAAACCACCAAGUGGUGGAAAAGAGUACAAACAGUUGGGAGACGGAGACGACGCUGAUUUGAGUAACUCUGGUUUUCAUAUGGGUCUUACGGAAGGCGGUAGACAACCACCUAUCGGUGGUGGUUUCCACUUGAAGUUUUAAACACAUAUGAUGAAUUUAAAACUAGAAACAAGAGUGACUGCUUUUUCUACGGAAUAAACUUUGUAAAUUUCGAAGUACUCGCUGUUUUGCAUUUGAAAUUAUAUGGAAUGACAAAGAUAUUGAAAAAUGAAAAAUUUCGUCGUGAAUUCCAUGAAAAAAAGGGGGAUUGUAGUUAAAAGAUUUUAAUGUUAGAAUUUAUAUUUUUUGUUGUAUAACAUUAAAUCUCUUCUUUCGAACGGACAUUUUAAAACAUACUCUUGGAAGGAAGAAUUUAUAUUUUAUUUGAUCUAACAAUCGUAAUUUGUUGCAGCUAGGAAAAAGAAAUACGAUUUAUUAAAAAAAUUGUCAACAAAGGUAUAAUUCUUCUAGUUUAUUGAAUUCAGUAUGUUACAAGCUUAGAAGCUUCUCUGAAAUGUAUACAUUAAAUAAAAGUGUAUCGUUGCCAGUAAA